AUGCCCUCAGCACAGCAGACCCAGAGACCACCUCUGCAAUAUGAGAGGGACUCUCCCGAUCUUUCUGCCAGAGUUCACCUUGAUAGCUUGACGUGUGUUUCGCCUCCGGCUCUGCGCACGGCCGCCGCGAAGUGGCGCAGCCAAGCAACGCAGAGCUUGCUAGUUCCGCUCCUUGCAUGUGUCUCGUGCAGGCAGCUAUGCAUCUCCGGUUCCGCUCCUGCUUUACAGGUGGGCGGUAGCAGAUCGUCCACACCAGCGAAAGCGAAAUCGCGACUUGGUGGUCCGCACUCGCAGCUGGUUGGUCAACUUUCUUCUACUUUUGCGGCUCCGUUGGAAGAGUGCUGCACACUGGAGAAUUUGCAUCGUGUUGCUCUCCAGAUAUCCGGGCGUGUUUCGACGCAUCGGAUGGCGUUUACAGCGCUGGCGACUGCGGUCUCUGGGAGGUGCGUGAGCAUGCUCCGCAGCGGUUUCUGGUCGAUGGAGGACGCCGUGGCCGCGAUGCCUUUGUUGGGAGACCUCUGGCGCGCGGGCCUCUUGAAGGCACCCGGCACCGGCGACGCCGCCCGCGCCGCCGUGGCAAAGGCACUUGCGGUCCUGGUCUGCGGCGGCCGCAAGGAGGGCUCAGGCUCGUUCCUGGGUCUCUCGUCGAGACCUUCCUCCACGAGCAGUGGUUCGAGGGAGACCAUGGACCAGCGAUUGCGUCGGUGGUGCCGCAGCUGUGAGCUUUUCGAGGAUGCUGUGUCCAAGGAUCUCCUGACCAGAGAAGGUGGGAUGUCCGUGCAGGAGCGGCUCUACGAGGAGCUGAAGCGCACCUUGGCGGGAGCUCGGGAGCUCGAGCUACGGAAGGCCGCCGCGCGGAUCAAGCUGGGCAGCGUCCCUCUUUGUCGUGGCUGCGGCCUCAUGGAGCGCCUUCGAAGGCGUCCCUCGACGGGUCCUUCUGCAGAGAGUGAGACAGGGACCGCCGAGACGGACCAGCUGACGAAGGCCUGGCAAGCAGCAACUGAAGCGGAAACCGUGGCUGCAGACACCAUUGCAGCAAUCGCAUACGAGGUAGUUCGAAAUGCAGAAGUGCUCAGCAGUUCGACAGCUACGUUGGCGAGGGCUGCCCUCGAGGAGAACGGCAUAGCUUCCCGGCUGCAGCUCUAA